AUGGACUUUGUGUCAAGGCCUUCGGGUGGUCGCUGCUGGAAAACGCUGAGGGCGCUCCGCGACUCCAGCCGAGGACGCCUGCACCGAGAGGCCGAGGGGCUGAGGAGCUCCCGAGAAGGAGGCAGGUCUCUUGCCAAACUUUCUUCUGACUCGGGCUGGGUGGUAGAUGACAUCCCACCGGGCAGCUCAGGCCACUCUGCAGACGAGGCUCCUCCCUCGGAUAAUUCACCCUCCUCUGGAUCUGCUUCAGGCCUGCACGGACCCUCGCUCCUCGAGUCUCCCCGCACGAGUCGCCCGCAAAGCCCCUCACCCUCAAGAGCAAAUGGAACCCAGAGCACGCGUGAGUCCCCGUUCCCAGAGCCUAUGGCGCUUCAGUGCUCUCGGGCCAUGGGAGUGGACGCCUGCCUCCGGAUGUACGAAUUGGCCAGCAGAAGGAGAGCAGCAGAGGGCCUGAGGCGGCGGCAGGAGGAGCAAGAGAGGAAGGUGCGAGCCCUCUCAGAGGUGGCAUGCCAAGAGCUGGAGAGGUUUGACCAGCUGAGGGAGCAGAAGCUGCAGAAGGACUUCCGGGACUUCCAGGACAUGAUGGAGAAGGGUCGCAGAGAAGCCCUGGGCCGUCAGAGGAAGCUGAGAGCUGAGCAGGGCCUCAGAGCCAAGCUUCUCGCCCUAAAGCUUGGAGAGGCAGAGCAGCAGCAGCGCGAGAAGCAGGCAGAGCAGGAGCGGCUACGCGUGGAGGAAGGCCAGGUCCGUGUGCGCAGCCUCUGCACCCUGCAAGAGGAGGUCCUGCGGCUCAACCGGCAGCUGGAGGCCUCCGUUCAGCAGCACAGGGACCUCCUGAACGUGGACCUGUCCGCCUUCCAGAGCCGGGGCGCGCAGCUGUGCGGCUUCAUCUCCGGACUCCUUCCCACCACCUUGGACACUGGCUUUCCCACAGCAGAGAACCAAGCUGGGGCUGAGGGAGCCCUGCAGGAAAUGAGGGACCUCCUCAUCCAUUUAGAGCAGGAGAUCUCCAGAGCCACCCAAGUGAAGGAGGAGGAGGCCCGCAUCAAGCGACAGGAGUCACAGGGCCCCCAGCGCCCGAGGGCUCCUGCCCGGACCUCUGCGCCCAGCCCAAGCCCAGCAGGGACUCAGGCGAAGGAAGACCCGCAGCUGCGGGUCCAGGAUGGGACCAGGCAGUGGUACCAGCGACUUCAGGAUGCUUCUGCCAAAUGCGAGUUGGCCUUCGAGGACCUGAGCAGCAGCAAGGACAGUCAGGACAGAAGGAUCAAGAUGGACUUGCAGAAGGCAGCCACCAUCCCAGUGAGCCAGAUCUCCAGCAGCGCAGGUUCAAAGGUCAAGGAGGUCUUCGACAGACUCCACAGCCUGCUCUCUGGACAGCCUGUGCAAUCUGGUGGGCGUCCCGUGUCCGUCAGUCUUCACCCUCAGGGGCUGGACUUUGUCCAGUACAAAGUGGCCGAGAAGUUGGUCAAGCAAGGGGAGUCGGAAGUGGCCUCUCACCCCGAAGCGGCCUUCCCCAUUGCGGCCGUGGCCUCUGGGAUCUGGAUGCUCCACCCCAGAGUGGGAGACCUCCUCCUCGCUCAGCUCCACAGGCGGUGUCCCUACUCCGUUCCUUUCCACCCUGCUUUCAAGGAAGGGAUGGCUUUGGAGGAUUAUGGACGGAUGCUUGGCUACCGAGUGACGCAUUCCAAGCUGGAGGAACAGGACCACUUUCUGAAACGGAUGUCCGGGAUGAUCCGUUUCUAUGCCGCCAUCAUCCAGCUCCGGUGGCCAUAUGGAGACGGGCAGGAGGCUCACCCUCACGGCUUACAGCAUGGCUGGCGCUGGUUGGCACAGGUUCUUAACCUGGAGCCUCUCCCGCAUGUGACAGCCACUCUCCUCUUUGACUUCCUGGAGGUGUGUGGCAAUGCCCUGGUGAAACAGUACCAGGUCCAGUUCUGGAAGCUGGUCCUUGUCAUCAGAGAGGACUACCUGGCCAGAAUUGAAGCCAUCACCAGCCCAGGACAGAUGGGCUCUGUAGUGCGUCUGCAGCAGUUCUUGGACGAAUGUCUGCAGCGCAGGGAGAUCCCUGUCCCCAGAGGUUUUCUGACAGCCUCCUUCUGGAACUCUUGA